AUGGCAUCCUCCGACCGGGAUAUUAUUAUUAGCAGUCCGCCGGGCUCAAAAGUCGAGACAGCGACUAGCUCUGACAAGGCGCUGCGCGUACUUGGUAUCUCUACUCCCACCUCCGAGACGACUAGCAGCGAGUACGACUUCGACAACCGCUCCAGCGGGAAAAUGCUCCAGAAUGAGAAGCCUCUAAUGGCGUCUGCGGUGAAACGCAGCAGCUCCAUGCCCAUGGUCGUCCGGACUGGAAAAUCCAAGUCCAAAGUCGUGGAUCCGAGGAAGGAGCAACGAGAUGGACUCAUCAUGGACACGAACAAGAGCAGCAUUGUGUCUAAACGUUCAGUCGAGAAGCUCUACUACGAGGGCCAGCCUGAAUACUUUCGCCAUUUCGUUGCAAAGUUCAAGCGACGCUCCCCGCUCAUCAAUCGAGGCUAUUGGCUGCGCAUGAAGGCGAUAGAGUAUGCAGUAGCUCGAUUUCUGUCUGAGAGGACAGCAAAGAGGAAAGUCGUGGUCAAUCUGGGUUGCGGAUACGAUCCAUUACCAUGGCUGUUCUUGGGCAAAAGACCGGAGCUCUGCGAGAACACAACUUUUGUGGACGUCGACUAUCCUACACUCAUGAGAAACAAAAUUGGCAUCAUCUCUAAAACCCAAGAGCUCCUGUCUCUACUGCCCAAGUUCACCGCAACUAGCCAGAGUGAAGGACUGCUUUGCUCUAGCGUUCCCUACGUUGCCAUUGGCUGUGAUCUGGGAGACCUCGCGCCCCUACAGGACGUUCUGCGGAGCCAUCUGGGCAUGGAAGACGACGACGUUACCAUUUUAUUUACAUCCGAGGUGUCGACAGCCUACAUGGAACUCGACGCAUCACAAGCGGUGUUCAGAUGGACAGCUUCCUACAGCCACGUUCGAUUCUGCCUGCUCGAACAGCAUAUCCCAGACGGCGUAGAUCACCCUUUCGCAGCUACCAUGAUGGCGCAUUUCGAUAAGCUACGGACACCUCUACGUACUGUCGGARCCAUGGAUCAGAUGAAGAACCGAUUUGUCGCCGCUGGCUAUCCUGAGAGUGGAACAGAAAUUCGCUCUCUGUGGGAGUUGUGGUCUGAUCCGGCUUUUCUCGGCGCGGAAGAACGACGAGCAUUGGAUCGGGUAGAGCCAUUCGAUGAGUGGGAGGAAUUCGCUCUCUUCGGCUCCCACUACUUUCUUCUCAUAGCUGAGAAAGAACCUGGUCGGGACUAUUCACAAACAUUCUCGRGCAGGGCAUCGAAAUCCUCCGUCUUUGCUGGAUCUACUCGUGGCUCUGUCUCCUCGAGACCUUCGUCGGAGAAUGAUGCUCCUCACUACCAUUUUGAGCCAGCAGACAACUUGCAGACUCAUGAGAUACUGGAGCCGCAUCACUUCCGCCGUUUCGCGACCCUCGUUCCAUCGGAAAGUGAAAGCUCUGAUGAGUGUAUUGGUCUUCUAGGCGGCAUGGGAACACAAGGGAGACUAGAGAGUUGCACAACAUAUUCGUGCGAUGCCAAUGCCAUCCCCAUUCAAGGCCCGCCUUUGCGAAACGGACUGAUGUGCCACGCAGUGACUCGUCUCGGUAGCACCGCGAAUUGCUUACUGACAGGCGGCAGAACGUCGCCGGACAAAGCGAGCGCCGAGUCGUGGCUGAGACUGGACGGAAGAUGGAGGAGGGUACAGGAUCUGCCUCAGGCCCGAUAUCGACACUGCGCGGUCCCGCUGGUGCUUCCAACACAACCUCGACCCGCACACACGAUCAUAAUGUUCGGCGGCAAAACAAGCAGCGGCGAGGUUCUCGACGAAUGGCUCAUCUGGACAGGCGAGACUGGUUGGCAACAGGUGACGAUUGCCGGCACUGAGAGGCCGGCUGCUCGAUUUGGUGCCUGCAUGAUAACGGACUCUCGCGAAGGUACCUCUGGGGUGCUUGUCGGAGGUAUGACCAGCGCCGGCCGCGUUCUCAACGACUUCUGGCAUUGGAGCCUGGAGCAGGACAUGACUUUGACUUGUCGUAAUGUGACUAGUCGCGCAACAGCUUUCCUCAAAGCGGAUUCAUGCAUUCUGGGACGAUUUGGUGCGCAAUUGGUGAGGUCGAGCAGAGGUAUCCUCAUGGUCGGCGGCAUCACGGGGGCAAGGAUGCUUACACGUCAGGAUGAAAUCUUGAACAUGAAAUCAUUACGACCAGCGCCAAUAAAGGGACCACGACCGCUCUUCAUCGGACACUCUCUACAGGAUGUUGAUGGUGGUCUUCUUGUACUUGGCGGAGGAGCCACAUGCUUCUCAUUUGGAACGACAUGGAAUCGCUCCUGUCUACUAAACGACGCUCUGGCUGGUUCCUUCGACAUGAGGUGGCAACUGCAAUCUACACUGGAUGCCGAUCAGCCGACGGCGGAAGAGAGUGCCCCCUACAUCGAGUCAUCCACCGCGCAGAUCGUCCCAUCAGGCAAAAUGCCAUCACCUGCCAUGGUGCAGGAGAUCCACCUCACUCCUAAUGUGAAAUUUGAGCACUUCAUUGAAGCAGCAAGACCAGUCGUUCUCAAAGGUUGCCAGAUUGGAGCUUGCACCACAGCGUGGACCACAGAAUACCUCAAACAAGCCAUUGGAGCCGAUCGAAAGGUCUCUGUGCAUUCUUCCCCUUGCGAAACGAUGGACUUUCAGAAGAAGAAUUUCGAGUACGUCAAUCAAGAGUUUGGGUCGUUCAUUGACGCUGUCGAGCAUGGCGAGAGGCUUUAUUUGCGAGCGCUCUCAAAAGACGCUCCAAGUAGCAAACCCACCAACCUUGCUGAAGAUUUCCCGGCUAUUGCAGACGACUUCCACCUCCCUCCAGAGCUGAACAUAGUCAAGCGAAGUGCACACAGUUCCCCAUUGCGCAUAUCGGGUCCAGUCAAUAUCUGGUUGCACUACGAUACGAUGGCGAACGUCCUUUGCCAGGUCCGUGGAAGGAAGAGGUUGCUUCUGUUCCCGCCUAGCGAUGUUUCUCAUCUUGGUUUUGGUCCCGGCGCUUCGAGCUCGUCUGUCAACGUUUUCGAGAACACGAUGCCCAAUCCUGCGUUGGCCCACGUCCAUCCUCACGAAGUGUUGCUGGAGCCGGGCGAUAUUCUCUUCAUCCCUAGCAUGUGGUUCCACGCCGCUUCUCCAACAGAAGGCAUGAGUAUCGCGGUGAACGUUUUCUUUCGCAAUCUGCAAAAUGGAUACGCGGCAGGGCGAGAUGUUUAUGGAAAUAGAGAUCUGGCCGCAUAUGAAAAAGGCAGGAAAGAUGUCGCGAAGAUCGUCAAGACCUUUGAGGAUCUACCAGCAGAUGUCAGCGGAUUCUAUCUAGAGCGAUUGGCCAACGAGAUGUUGGAGAAAGCUCGCGCGUUGACACGAAGCGCGAGCAUGAAUGCUGUGUAUGAGUUGGAGACUUAG